ACGUGACGCAUUUAGUAACAUCCUUUCUCGUGCUCCUCCCAGCAGCUGGUAGGCUUUUUUGAGGGGAUAUUAUGCAUGUUUAUUUUGGCCAUGGCCUACCAUUUCGAAGAAGAUACUUUUUUUAAAGGUCAAUACUAGCUUUAAAUAUGAAUUUAUUUGACCAGUUUUUGUAAAAACAGAGGUGCAGGAACACGGUAACGGGGUUUACUUAUAUCCAGGAUAAUUCGUUGCCAUAAGAUCUGUUGUUGUUUUGGGUCAAAGUUCUGAUGUAGAUAAGAUCUUCGUGAACAUGUUUGGAAAACUGGUUUUCCCUUCGAUUUACAUAAUGAGUCUUGCCAAUCUCGUGACUGAUGGAGGGAAUAUGUUUUUCUUGAAGAGUUUUGUUUCGACCUUGUGAUUUGAGAAUUCAUAACCAGAAAGAAUGGUCGGAGAUGAUGAUGAGUUGAGCCUGAGGUGUGUAUAUUUUCCUGCGGAAGGGCUUCUGUUUGGCAUGGGAGAUCCAUUAUUAGAUAUUUUAGCCCACACAGAUGAAGCAUUUCUUAAGAAAUAUAAUUUAAAUCCCAAUGAUGCUAUUCGUGCAGAUGAAAGACACAUAUCCAUAUACCAGGAAAUGGUCACCAAAUAUCAGGUUCAGUUCAUCCCAGGGGGAGCAACACAAAAUACAAUGCGUGUGGCACAGUGGAUACUUCAGAAACCUUAUAUUACCACUUUCCUUGGAUGUAUUGGAAAUGACAAAUUUGGGAAGAUCCUCACAGAAAAGGCAAAAGAAGUUGGAGUAAAUGUUCAUUUCCAAAUUAGUGACUUAGAAGCAACAGGAACAUGUGCUGUAAUUGUCACUGCGAAAGGAUCAAACAGGUCUCUGUGUACAACACUUGGAGCUUGUAAAAUGUUCACUAAUGCCCAUUUGGAAAAGCCUGAAAAUAGAGCUCUGAUGGAAAAGGCUAAAUAUUUUUACAUUUCAGGUUUUUUCCUUACUUCUGCUUUGGAUUCUUUUUUAGAGGUGGGAAAACAUGCAAAUCUCUACAACAAAAUUUUUGCCAUAAAUCUUGCUGCUCCAUUCAUAUGUCACUCCUUCAAAGAACCUUUGAUGAAAGUUCUACCAUUUGUAGACAUAUUAUUUGCAAAUGAAAUGGAGACGAAAGCAUUUGCUGAAGAACAAAAUUUUGAGACUGAAUCACUGGAAGAAAUAGGUUUGAAGAUUUGUUCUCUUCCAAAAGCAAACAAUAAUCCAAGACUAACUGUAAUCACACAAGGACCUGACCCUGUAAUAGUUGUCAACAAAAGUAAAGUCACAAAAUAUCCAGUAAAUCAACUGAAAAAUGAAGACAUUGUUGACACAAAUGGAGCAGGAGAUGCAUUUGUUGGCGGAUUUCUUGCACAGUAUCUUAAAGGAAAGUCGAUUGAAGUUUGUGUGAGAUGUGGAAUCUUUGCAGCAAGUGAGAUUUUAAAACAGCCAGGCUGUCAACUUCCAGAACAUGUUAUAUUUCCUGAAGAGUUCAAAUCAUAAAUUUGAGAUUUAUAAUUUAAAGAAACAAAUGGAAAUAAUUUGUUAUAUUUCAUUCUUUAAAUCAAGCCAUAUUGUCUGCAAGUAUUUAAACUGGUGUGAGAAAACUGAAACAAUUAUGGUUAAACACCUGAAUCAGGGAACUAAUACUCACUGCCUCUUCUUAUAAUGUUAUAAUGUGUAGUUAUAUUUUGUAUUUGUGGUUUACCUAGGAGUGUAAAGUCUAUGGUAAACUAUCGUAUUAACUGAAAGAGUGGAGAGUUGUCUACUUAAUUCUUUAACAAUUUAACUUACCUGAGGGUUUGUAUUUGCUGUUUUUUUAUUUUAAAAUAAAUUUAAUAACAAUUGUGUUUAAGGGAUGCGAUAUAAAUAUAUAUA